AUGCCCUGGCCUCGAUCACAGCUUCUAGAGAUAGGUGAUCAAACCUGGUGCCCCUCAUGGCUGCAUCAGCACGAGCAAUUCGCCCUAAGUCAACUAUGGAGGCUGAAAGUCCCCGGGUGGAGCCGUGGAAGUCUCGCGACACAAGCAUGCGCAGUUCUUAAGGAGUAUCUACAGGACCUUUCUUCAUAUACGUUUAUGGAUAUAUGUGCCGGUGCCGGUGGACCUACCCCACUUCUAGAAUCAGAACUCAAUAAGGAGCUCGAGCCCGGCAAGCAGCCCGUUCAGUUUGUCUUGAGUGACCUCUACCCCUAUAUUGAAGAAUGGGAGCGUAUUUCAAAGAAGCAGGAGAAUAUCAGGUAUAUCGAUACUCCGGUUGAUGCACGAGCUGUUCCUCGAUUCUCAGAAAUCGAGAAAGAAUGCCGGAUAUUCAAUAUCUGCUUUCAUCACUUUGGAGAUGAGGAUGCAGCGGGAAUUCUGAAGAAUGCGAUUGAUUCCACCAACUCCUUUAUUAUAUUUGAAAUCACAGCACGCGAUCUUCGGACCUGUUUAUAUUCCCCUUUGGUGUUUUUUUGGACCUUCUUUGUAACCCUUCUCGGGUACUGGAACUCACCCAUUCAUCUUCUCUUUACAUUUGGCUUUCCAGUAGCCCCGUUGGCGAUUUGGUUUGACGGACUCAUCUCCUGCCUCCGAACCCGCACUCCAGAGGAAGUUCGGGCCCUACUAGACCAGCCUGGCCUUGACCUCUCUAAAUGGUCCUUUUAUAGUGGGCAGAAAACUGUCCAGUUUCCGUUCAUCACUUUGUAUUAUUAUAUCGGUGUGAAAUCAGACUAG